GUAAAAACUCGCAAUUCUCAGAUUCGAAAGCGAGGGAUUAGACGGUUAAGGGUCAAGUGCAAAGGGUAAAGGGGAGACAGAAGUGGAUACAGACGAAGAGCUGUUUAAACGCCCAGACGCCCACAAUGACAGACUCCCUCCACAACGCGCCCAUUGUACUGGAUAAUGGUUCUGGUACAAUUCGGGCGGGUUUUGCAGGAGACGAUCUACCUAAAUGUUACUUCCCUUCCUUUGUAGGUCGACCGAAGCACUUGCGAGUACUUGCCGGUGCUUUAGAAGGCGAGGUAUUCAUUGGCCAAAAGGCGGCGACGGAGCUGAGAGGGCUCCUAAAGAUAAGAUACCCUUUAGAACAUGGCAUAGUCACGGAUUGGGAUGAUAUGGAGAAGAUAUGGGAGUAUGUCUAUAGCGAAGGACUCAAGACUAUCAGCGAAGAGCAUCCUGUCCUCUUAACCGAACCACCACUUAACCCUCGAGCAAAUCGUGACACGGCAGCUCAAAUACUCUUUGAAACCUUUAACGUUCCCGCCCUAUACACAUCCAUACAAGCUGUUCUCUCUCUCUACGCCAGCGGACGUACCACGGGUUGCGUGUUAGAUUCGGGUGACGGUGUCUCGCAUGCGGUUCCCGUAUACGAGGGGUUUGCGAUCCCCUCUUCUAUGCGCCGUAUCGAUGUUGCCGGCCGUGACGUCACCGAGUACAUGCAGACGCUGCUGCGCAAGAGUGGCUACGUCUUCCAUACGAGCGCCGAAAAGGAAGUCGUGCGGUUAAUCAAGGAAGCUGUUUCAUACGUGGCUAUAAACCCUAAGCAAGAGGAGAAGGAUUGGCAGAGCGCGAAGUUAGACCAGGGGAAAACGGCAGAGUACGUGCUACCUGACGGUAACCGACUGCGCGUGGGCCAGGAGCGUUUCCGUGCGCCCGAGAUCCUAUUCGACCCCGAACUCAUCGGGUUAGAGUAUCCGGGUAUUCAGCAGAUCGUGACAGAUUCUAUCAACAGGACAGAUCUGGACCUACGUAAGGCGCUUUACGCCAAUAUUGUAUUGUCUGGCGGUAGCACCCUAACCAAAGGGUUCGGUGACCGCCUGCUGAGCGAAGUCAAGAAGCUGGCUGUCAAGGACAUGCGGAUCAAGAUCUUCGCACCGCCCGAACGCAAGUACUCGACCUGGAUCGGAGGUAGCAUUCUUGCGGGCUUAAGCACGUUCAGAAAGAUGUGGGUUAGCAUCGACGACUGGCACGAGGACCCCGACAUAAUCCACAAGAAACUGACAUAGUCUCCCUACCUAUCUCAUUUUUCGGAAACCUAAAAAAUAGAACGGGGAGAUUUCACAAAUCGCUACGACUCGGACCAGGGAAAGGAGGUUGACAAGUUACGAAUUGACCAUCUCCCGGUCCGAGUGUAAUAGGUAUGAGGGGAUUUCAUGGUAAGGUAGCAUAGCGUAAGCGCAGCGAGAGACUCAUUUCCAUUCUAAGCAACAGUCCAGAGAUGUAGUA